GCCAUUGGGCAAACGACAAGAAUCUUUAGAGCGUGGAAGAACGUAGGUUAACAACGGAAUUAGAACAUUGAUUUCGUUAUCUUCCCGUGUAUGUAUAUAUAUAUAUAUAUACUGUAUACAGUAUACUGAAUCUUCACUUCUCCUACUGAAAGCUCAGCACAUCGUUAUUCACGCUCGACAUUGUAUGGAAAUGGGGUGUUGGAACGAAUGGGUUGAGCAGACACUUGAGAAACUGGAGUCCCGUAAACUCCUCCGUUCACUUAGGCCUAUUCAUCUCUCCGACGGUACAAGCGCAGAUGAAGAGGAGUUUGAAUGUUUCGAUGGAUUGCGUCAAUGGGAUAGAGCCUCUGUUGAAGUUGAGAUUUCAGACACCACAUUCCACAGAUGGCUUCAAGAUAUUCCCUCACCUGGAGAUGACCUUGGUGGUAGUGGCGUAGCUUGUACUGAAGCAGGGACAAGUGCUGGAAGAUUCAGAAAGUUGAUCCUGUUUUCUGGAAAUGAUUAUCUGGGCUUGAGUUCCCAUCCCACAGUUAUCAAGGCUGCAACACAGGCAGUCCAAAAGCAUGGAAUGGGUCCAAGAGGUUCUGCACUAAUAUGCGGCUACACAAAUUAUCAUAGAUUGUUAGAGUCAUCACUGGCAGAGUUGAAAAACAAGGAGGAUUGCCUUCUUUGUCCCACAGGCUUUUCAGCCAAUAUGGCCUUUAUGACAGCUGUAGGCAAUGUUAGUCUGCUCCUAGCCAAAGACAGUCAACCUUCAAUAGAUGAAAGAGUUGCUGUUUUUUCCGAUGCCCUGAAUCACGCGUCAAUCAUUGAUGGUAUACGUCUAGCUGAGAAACAAAAAAGCGUAGCUGCUUUUGUCUAUCGGCAUUGUGAUAUGCACCAUCUUAAUGAGUUAUUAACAAAUUGCCCUGUGAAGAAAAAAGUUGUCAUUACUGACAGCUUGUUUAGUAUGGAUGGAGACUUUGCACCACUGCUUGCCCUUAUGAAACUCCGUAAGAAGCAUGGGUUUUUGUUGGCAAUUGAUGAUGCUCAUGCAACAUUUGUUUGUGGCAAAACUGGUGGUGGUGCAGCAGAGUUGUUCAAUUGCAUAAGUGAUGUGGACAUUUGCAUUGGUACUCUGAGUAAGGCAGCAGGUUGUCAUGGUGGAUACAUAGCAUGCAGCAAGAAAUGGAAGCAAUUGAUACAGUCCAGGGGCCGCUCUUUCAUAUUUUCGACAUCUACCCCAGUGCCCAUAAUUGCUGCUGCACAUGCUGCUGUUGUUGUGGCUAAAAAAGAGAAGUGGCGCAGAAAAGCUAUCUGGAACAGGGUUCAGGAUUUCCGUGAUAUGACGGGAAUUCCCAUUACAAGUCCCAUCAUUUCGCUCAUAGUGGGAAGUGAAGAGACAGCCUUGCAGGCUAGCAGGCAUCUUUUGGAAUUUGGCUUCCACAUAACUGCAAUAAGACCUCCAACAGUGGCCCCUAACUCAUGCAGGUUAAGGAUAACUCUGAGUGCAGCUCACACAUUAGAUGAUGUAAGAAAUCUCACAGCUGCACUGUCUCAAUGUGUCAACUUUAGUGAGAUAGGAUUCUACUGCCCGAGCUGGAAUUCUCGCCUUUAGUUUAGCUACAUUUCCCAUAAUUUUGCAAUUAGUCAGGUGUAGUGCCCAAUUGAUCAAAGAUAGUGUUGCAUUCAUUCAUGAUAUUUCUUCAUGCAAUUUAGCAGUUGAUGGAAUUCCAGAGUUAAUUACAUUCUUCAAGUGUAAAUUAAGCUUAGAUUUCAAAGCUUGUUUUCAUUCUUGAUUUCAA